AAGAAUGGCUUUCUCAAAGACUUGUUGUGGUUUUCUUUCUCUCUUAGUGGCAUGUGAUCUUGCCUUUCAAUGUUAUGUUGCUGAUGCUGCUGGAGAUCAGACUUCAACACUAACUGUAGAUCUUAAAUCUGCUGGAAGGCCGAUUCCCGAAACUCUCUUUGGAGUAUUUUAUGAGGAAAUUAAUCAUGCUGGCACCGGCGGAUUAUGGGCAGAGCUUGUGAACAAUAGAGGUUUUGAAGCAGGAGGCACGCAAACUCCAUCAAAUAUUGCCCCUUGGACUAUAGUUGGAAAAGAAUCCUUAGUUUUGUUGCAAACUGAACUUAGUUCUUGCUUUGAACGCAAUAAAGUGGCAUUGAGAAUGGAUGUGCUUUGUGACCAAUGUCCUUCUGAUGGUGUUGGUGUCUCUAAUCCAGGUUAUUGGGGCAUGAAUGUUGUGCAAAAAAAGGAAUACAAAGUUGUCUUCUUUGUAAAAUCAACGGGGUCGCUGGAUAUGACAAUAUCAUUUAAAAAAGCAGAAGAUGGAGGGAUAUUGGCUUCUCAAAAUGUCAAAGCUUCUGCAUCAGAAGUUGCAAACUGGAAAAGGAUGGAGCUUAAAUUGGUACCCACUGCAUCAAAUCCUAAGGCAACUCUUCACUUAACAACAACUCAAAAGGGUGUCAUAUGGUUAGACCAAGUGUCAGCUAUGCCCGUAGACACUUUUAAGGGACAUGGUUUCCGAACAGACUUGGUCAACAUGGUCUUAGAGUUGAAACCAGCCUUUAUCAGAUUUCCGGGUGGUUGUUUUAUUGAAGGACAAACACUUAGAAACGCUUUCCGGUGGAAGGAUAGUGUUGGACCAUGGGAAGAGAGGCCUGGGCACUUUGGCGAUGUUUGGGGUUCGUGGACAGAUGAAGGAUUAGGUUAUUUUGAAGGUCUUCAGCUUGCCGAGGACAUUGGUGCAAAGCCAAUUUGGGUAUUCAACAAUGGCAUCAGCCAUACUGAUCAAAUUGAUACAAGCGUCAUCACACCUUUUGUCCAAGAAGCCCUUGAUGGUAUUGAGUUUGCCAGAGGUCCAGCCACUUCUAAAUGGGGUUCUCUUAGAAAAUCAAUGGGGCACCCAGAGCCUUUUGACCUAAAGUAUGUUGCUAUUGGAAAUGAAGAUUGUGGGAAGAAAAACUACCUAGGAAACUACUUAGCAUUUUACAAUGCUAUACGAAAGGCUUAUCCUGACAUUCAAAUGAUUUCAAAUUGUGAUGCUUCUUCCAAGCCAUUGGAUCACCCAGCUGAUUUGUAUGAUUAUCAUACAUACCCGAAUAAUCCUUCAAACAUGUUCAACAACGCACAUGUGUUUGAUAAGACGCCCCGCAAAGGUCCAAAGGCUUUUGUGAGUGAAUAUGCUCUAGUUGGAGACCAACAAGCUAAGCUUGGAACUUUAAUAGGAGGUGUCUCUGAAGCUGGGUUCCUUAUUGGAUUAGAAAAAAACAGUGACCAUGUAGCAAUGGCUGCGUAUGCACCACUUUUUGUAAAUGCGGAUGAUAGGAAGUGGAACCCGGAUGCAAUUGUUUUUAACUCCAAUCAAGUUUAUGGAACUCCUAGCUACUGGGUGACACAUAUGUUUAAAGAGUCGAAUGGAGCAACAUUUCUUGCCUCAACACUUCAAACACCUGAUCCUUCCUCAUUUGAUGCAUCAACAAUUCUUUGGCAAAAUCCUCAAGAUAAGAAAACUUACUUAAAAAUAAAGGUUGCAAACUUGGGUAACAAUCAAGUGAAACUCGGGAUUGUAGUUCACGGACUGGAAAGCUCAAAGAUAAUUGGGACAAAGACUGUGCUCACAUCUAAAAAUGCAUUAGAUGAGAAUACCUUCUUAGAACCAAGAAAGAUCGUGCCACAACAAACUCCACUUGAGGAAGCAAGCGCAAACAUGAAUGUUGAACUUCCUCCUCUUUCAGUUACAUCAUUUGAUAUAUUAAAGUAGAUAGGAGUAUUUUACUUCUUAGAAUGAAUGAGGGGUCAAGACUAAAGCUUAGUUAAAUAAAUGUAUAUUUCUUUUACAUAGAUAAGAUUUUAAUUUAGCUCUUUCACAAUGCAACUCAUAAAGAAACAAGUAGAUUAUGCGAUCAAUUUUUUUAACAGCAAUACUAACUUGAACUUAAGGGCCGCAAUAUCAAAGUUCUUUAAUUAUGUUCCGCAUAUUUCCCCUGUUUCUACCAUCUUUUUCCCCUGUUUUUUGUAAUCAUGUUCUCUUUGUGUUGCUUUGUCUCUUUAUCAGCUUGUUAUUUCUCUAUUGUAUUUGGGCUUU